AGGACUUUUAUUAUACAGAUUUUCAUGUCUGGGUGACGGGUCCACUUUAACUUCAUUUGGGAAUUUUGAUAUUGAAUAUGAAUGAAUGACAUAAAUAGUACCAAGGGCCAACUGGUGAUUUGUCAGAAAAUGAUUUAAGAAUGCACAAAAAUUUCUUAGCCCACUGGAAGGUGUGACUUUUAUCAAGUAAAUAGUUAAAGUAAGAGAUUUCAAACUUUUCACACAUACUGUAUUGCUUUAUUGUAAGAAUCAACCUUUCAGCUGGUGAUCUACCAAAACAUUAGUCCUUGAAGUGCUUUUGAUAUUUUAUGUCCUGUGAUUUGUAGAUCUUUUAUUCAUAGAUAAUUAUUUACAUGUGGGCUGUACCCAGUGACCAAGGCUGCUUCUGUCACGAGGUAGGGAGAAAACUUUCAUUUGUAUAGGAUUUGUAAGGGGCCAAACUGGUUACCCCAAAAAGGAAAAAACAGGUAGGUUAACAGAUCUGGGUCAAUAGUCCCUCCAAGGUGUGCGCUUGUGCACGUGCACACAUUUUGAGGCCAGCACACACCUGUGCCACCACAUUAUUUUGGUGUGCAAUAUUGUGAGAAAACUAAAUUUUGCAUUUAUUCUGGCCUGCACACACAGUUUUAAAAAAUGUGCACACAAGUUUAAAAUGUUUAAAAAUACUUUAGCAGAGAAGGAAUUAGAAAGAACAUUGGUCUGAGUGUAUAUUUAGUAUGCACAGAUAACCUAAGCAUUGAAAUACUCACAGUCCUUUAUCCAAAUCCACAUGCUGGUUUGACUACUUUGUGAUGGCUCUACACAAUUUUUGAAGAGGCAUCCUUCCUCUAAAACAAACAAGCUCCAAAGCGCUGAUGCUGAGUAAGGCAUUAUGAGCAGGUCCUGGAACAGGUACGGGGUAAAUGCAACAGUUGACAUAUUUUUUACUUGUAAGUGACACAUAGGAAAGAAGUUUUUUCUUCCAAAAUAGUGAUUUAGUUUGCAAUCUUGAGUUAAGAGGUAUUAUUUAUGUUUUAAACAUUAUAGAUAGAUCACUUGAUCUGUGUUGGCAAACUAUAUGCCAAAGUUCAAUAAAACAAAUCCAGUCAGACAGUAAACAAGAAAUUAGUAAAUGAUUAAGAAGGAGAAAAAGCAUACUAACUGCUUUACAGAAUGUGGAUAUAUUAUUGUAAUUAUCAGUCUGGUAGACACAGUUACAAGAUGAAAUUGUGGAAAAGAUUACAUAUGUUGGAAGAGAGAAGACAAAAUUGCAGAAGAGCAACAAGAACAUUGGAUGAAAAAGUAAAAAAGAAAAGAAAAAAUGUUGAAGAAAAUAAAGAUGAUGGCACAAAUAAAAAACCAAAGAGGGCAAAUUAUUUUGUAUCGCUCCCGAUUUUAAACCCUAAGAUUCUUGGUAACAUUAGUACAUUUCAAGAUGCUGUGUUGAAGAAGGAGCCGAAACUGUCCAGAGCUAUGGUACCAAAGGGCUCAUUCCAUCUUACUCUCUUUGUUACACAUUUAGCUACUGAAGAGGAGCUGAGUUUAGCAGCAAGUUCAUUUUUGGAAAUCAAAAGACCAGUAGAAGAAAUCUUACAGGGAAAUCCCUUGAUUUUAUCAUUUCGAGGAGUGACUGAAUUUAGAAAUGAAGUUGUGUUUGGAAAAAUAACAGAGGGUGAUUCCCAAGCUACACUGAAAAAAAUAAGCGAGACGAUAGAGAGGAUAUUUAAGGAAAAGGGUAUUAUUGCAUUCGGAUACAAAGGAUUUGUGCCCCAUUUAACUUUCAUAAAGCUAUCAAGAGCACCAAAGCUACGUAAGCAGGGACUGAAAAAAAUUCAUGCUAGUCUUUAUGAAGACUUUAAAGAGCAUAACUUUGGAGAUGAGUUAAUGGUUCGACUGGAUCUCUGCUCCAUGUUAAAGAAACGACAGGAAAAUGGCUACUACUAUACUGAAGCCUCUGUUAACUUUGCUAAUCAUGAUAGUGGAGAUAGUGAGGCGGUAGAGAAAGCUUCAUCCACUGAGAUUGGUGCAGGCAAGCUUAUGCAGUCUGAACAUCAUUCAACAGGGGAUUCCAUGUUUCUGUCAGAAUCAAUUGGUUCACCUAGCAAAAAUUCUCUUGUCGGUGACAUGGAUGGGAGUCUUGUUGAAAACUCAGAAUCCUGUAACAAAAAUGACAACAUGGAGAUAAUGCAGUUAAGCACUCACAUAAAAUCCCCUGUCUUAGGAGAAGGAGCACAGAAGCAAGGAGAAGCAAACUCUUUAUUCACAAAGCAAGCUGUUAAUGUCAUACACUUCAGUGACACUAGCCCAGAACAAAAAGCUAAAGUUAAAAAGAAAACUCUCUGUGGUCGAGCCAAAGAUAUGGGUCGAAUCAACACUCAACAGAUGUCUAGGCAGGAUUUAAAAGAGGCAUCGUUUGCUGAUCUGGUUUCUUUACAAAAACAAAGAAUGCAAGUUGAGCAAGAGCAAAGGGAACAAAAUGAGGAGAGCAUGUGCCUUCUAUUUGACAGAUUAACAAUGAUCCAAGAACAGCAAACGUACACAAAUAAAAACCUGAAAGGGGUAAACCAGAAGCUGUCUUUUAUUUCCAAACAACUUGGCCAGAUUGUGCAGCUUCUUCAACCAUCAGCAGGCAUCUCCACUUCCUCACAGCCCCAACCAUUACAGGUUGCAUCUAUUGGCAAAGACUCAGAAGAACAACCUACAUUGAAAGCAGAUUCUAUCAAAGAGGACAUGCAUCCUGAGGAUACUUAAAGAGAACAGGGAAAGUAAAAGUACCUGCUGAAACCAUAGAUUGGUUGGCAAAAAUUGUUUCUUAUAUUUUAUAAUAUGUGUGACGUGGUAAUCAGAAUAAUACAGAUUAUUAUAGCUCCUGUUUAAGGCACCUCUUUUUAUGGUGAAUCAAAUAGUUGUGGCUGUCUGGGAAAUAAUGAAGUUCAUUUUUUUUCUUUUAUCUAUUACCAAAAUUUGGUUGGUUGCAUGGCCAAAACCCAUAUUAUAUAAUAUUAUAUACAGUAUAUUACUUUAUAUGGAAAGUAAAAGCCAAAUUCAGUUUUGCUUUGAUUUUAUUUCAAUGAGAGCAAUUGUUUAUUCUGUGGAUUAGCAGGUACAAUAGUGCUACUCAUACAAUAUCUGCUGACUGACCGUAAUCAUUACUCACUGUUAGUUGGGCAAAGGUCAUCUACUUACUUUCCACUGGAAAUAAAGUAAAAUUUGAAUCCAAAUCUAUAUCUGGGGAUUUCCAGCUGUCCAUCAAUGGUGUCGUACUGUGCCUUUGAAGACAUAAAGGGGACAUUUACCCAAAAUUAUUCUUCAUCAGGUAGAUGGAAGUACAGCAUUAAGGCUGAGGCUUAUUUACUAAAAUCAGAAUUUAUCUAAUUAGUUUAAUUUAAAAAAACUCAACCAAACUCCCUUUUCAGGUUUUUGCCUUAUUUAUUAAUAAAAUAACUCAAAUAAAUUGGAUGGGUAAAAAACUUGAUAAAAUUGUGCGAAAACCCGAAUUGUACAAUUUUAUGGAAUUUUCUCCUGAAUCGUUAUUUUUUUCGUGUUUUUGCCUGAAAACCACAAAAUUAUCGGGCUAAACCCCACAAUAUCUUCAAAUUGGGAUAGGGACAUCUGCCAUUGACUUAUACAUAACCUCAACAGGUCUGAGAUGGCAGAUUUUUGCGUUUGCUUUUUGUUGCAUGGGGGUAUAAUAAUAAUAAUAAUAAUAAUAUAACAAAGUUUGGUUUUUUUUUUUAUUCCAUGAAAAAUUCAAGUUUUUGCCCCAAAAAACCCAACCAGAUGAAAUUGAAUCUUAGUAAAAUAACCUCUUAUGACAUUGCUCGUUUGUAGAAAUCAGUUAAUGUAACCUUGACGUAAACAUUUGUUAGAUUCACAUAACUGUGUAGAAUUUUUGUAAUCAAAUAUAAGGUUUUGUGAUGAGAAAAUGUGUAACAAAUCUAAUUAGAGAAAAUGUUGAGUUUUUUUUGUAAGUUUUUUUCCAAACAUAAUAGAAAAUCAUCUGAAUGAUGAUUAGUUGUAUAGGUUUGACCUGCCUAUGUUGAAAAUGAUGAAUUGUAUGGUAUGUAUUACUUUGCAAGUUAUAUCAAUUAUAUGUAGUUGAUCUAAGGUAUUUUAAUAAAGGCAUAUACCGAUUGUAUAUGUCAUACAAUAAAAGAUGAUUAUCUUCUACUGCAUUAUAAUUGCAGGAGAACUAACCAUGUAUCAAAAUAUCAGAAAUAAAAGUCUAGAUCACAGCAUAGAUUACACCGUUUGUCAAAUUAAACUCAGAUAGAAAACAGUAAAUUUAUUAUUCCAAAACA